CCCUGGACGCCGGGCGGCGGGCCGGGGGUGGUGCUAGCUCGAGCCCGCCACUACCAUAGGUGCCAGGAGCAUCCAACUUUCCGGUUUCCGGUUUCCUGUCCUGACUGAGGUGCUACCACCCAAUUCCCGUCCGGCAACCUAAGUAACGUCGCCUUUCCUGGUCGCCGAUAACCUCUAUCGCAGAGGUACACGAUACCGUUCGACACCGACACCACCCCGUUUCCCGCUCCUUUCCUCGGCAGGAGAAAUCCGAUGCUAUACACCCUCUUCAAGUCGAUUCGCAGGCGGUGACUAGUCACCCUCAACAUGGCAAGUAGGACGAGGGCGGGUUCCCUUGGGUCGAUCGAGUCCAAGCACGGCUUGAUCGGGUCCGUUUCGAGGUGGUGGACGAGAUCAUACACCUCGGACUGGGUCGCUUUCUCCCUCCUCCUCGUCGGAUACAUCUACAUCGCCGCUUUCGUCGAGCCUUUUCACCGAUUAUUUACCAUUAAUGAUAUUCGGAUUUCGUUUCCUCAUGCUGAGGUGGAGCGGGUGCCUCUCGCCCACCUCUUCGGCUACGUCCUCUUCCUCCCUCUGGCCCUCCUCACCCUAACCAACUACCUCCUCUCCUCCCCGCGGCACAUCCAUCAUCUCACCACUUUAGGUUUCCUAACCUCCAUAAUCCUCACCACCUUCCUCACGGACCUCAUCAAAAACAUGGUCGGCCGCCCUCGCCCUGACCUGAUCGAUCGAUGCCAACCCGACCCUUCCACCCCUCCAAACAAACUAGUCAGUGUCGAGGUAUGCACGCAGACAGACCACCACACCCUGCACGACGGCUGGCGCAGUUUUCCCAGUGGGCACAGUAGUUUUGCGUUUUCCGGGUUAGGGUACCUGGCGCUUUUCUGGUGCGGGCAGUUCAGAGUGUUUGCGAGCAGUUCUUCUCCUCUGUCUUCUUCUCCUGGAAUCAUGGAGGGCAUGGAAAAAGUGCUGGUUCGUCGGGAUCUACUCAAGGCGUUACUUUGCCUCAGUCCGUUGCUGGGAGCGUUGAUGAUUGCUAUUAGCAGGUGCAUGGAUUACCGACAUGAUGUGGAGGAUGUCUGUGUGGGCGCGGUCAUGGGAUGGGUGAUUACGUAUUGGAGUUAUCGGCGGUAUUGGCCGAGGUUGAGCAGUGUGAGGAGUGAGGAGCCUUAUUCGGGGAUGACGGGGGAGCGGGACGGAGAGGGGGUUCAGAGUAGUGGGAGGUAUGGGAGGGUGAGGGAUGAGGAGGAGGGGGUCAUCGGAGGAGGGUUUCAGCGAAAUGUAGGAACGUUUGAUUUGACUGCCCCGGUGGAGUUGGCACCUUUGGAGAGCCCUCGAUGAUGAGUGGAUGAAGGCUAACUUGGAUGGUUUCCGUAGAUAUCUUAAUUUGAUACUAUAAUGUAUCUUGCUUGCGCCAGAUGUGCGUCUAACACUUUGAACUUUUGCCUUGUUCAAAUAUGGCAACUUUCGAGCACGGGGAACGUCAAAGAGCAUAUAGCUGGGAGCUUGGGACCAACGUUUGUCUGUCCAUUUCAUCAUUUGGCGUACCAUGGUCAUUCCUUGUAUUAGUACAGAAAGCGCUCUCUAGACUAAACGCAGGCCGGCUUUCCGCUCUGUUCCACAUCCAGAACUAUGCGUGACAUUCAUCCUUCUUACUUGUCUUCCGUGUUGUCGUCCU